ACCUUCACCAACUACGCAUAACAUAAGCAAAUGAGUUCAAUUGGUACAGGUUACGAUUUGGGACUUUUCUUUUCCCCGGAUGGACGUCUGUUUCAGGCCGAAUACGCGUAUAAAGCAGUGGAGAAUGGAAGUACUUGCAUUGGAAUUAAAUGCCAAGACGGUGUGAUUCUUGCUUUGGAGAAAAUCGUUAUUAGUAAGCUGUUAAAACCUCGUGCCAAUCCUCGUAUAGGAUCUGUCGGUCGUCAUAUUGGUAUUGCAACUACGGGAUUCAUUCCUGAUGGAAAGCAUAUCGUAAAACGUGCCAGAGAUGAAGCUAAUUCUUGGCGUGAUAACUACGGAUCUGCCGUUCCUGGUCCGGUUAUGGCUGAUCGACUUGGCAACUACGUUCAACUUUUCACUUGCUAUUCAAGUGUACGUCCUUUUGGUGUUAUGUCUUUUGUUGCUGCAUAUGAUGACCUCGGACCCCACUUGUACAUGAUUGAACCUAACGGCGUGUAUUGGGGAUACAACGGCAUUUCAGCAGGCAAAGGUCGACAAAUCGCUCGUAAUGAACUGGAGAAGUUAGACUUUUCUACAUUGAAAAUGAAAGAUGCUGUAAAAGAAGCAGCAAGGAUUAUAUACGCUACCCACGACGAAGAGCAUAACAAAGAGCACGAAAUAGAAAUGACCUGGGUUGGUGAAGAAACCAAUGGCAUCCAUACGGCUGUCCCCGACGAUCUAUUACAAGAGGCAGAAGCUUAUGCUCGCCGUACCGUUGAAGGCGGUGAAGAUGAGGAUGUCCCCAUGAAUGAGUAAUUUAUAAUUACAAAAUUCUCGUGAAUGCAGCUUGUUUCUUACAUUUUUUAUACAUAAUAUAUCUUUGCCGAGUCCUUGGCUUUAAGGAUUGACAGUUUGAAUCCCUUCAAAUUCUAUCACUAUCUUUUGUCAAAAAGCAACCAAGAACGUCCUUAUUUUGGCAACCUUAUUGUCCUUUCUUUUAUAACCGAUUUCCAACAUGAUACGAAAAAUUGUUUGAAACAAUAUCCUCACUUAUAAAGAGCUUCACAGCUUGAUUAACGGUAUAUGCGUUUUCCUAUCCGUCGUUUUCUUAUAUUCCACAGUUGAUGCCGAUAACACCGUUCAUUAGCUUGAAUAACUCGGAAUGAUUCAUGAUUCUUUAUACAGCGUCCUUUAUUUUGAUUCACAAAUAAGGCAACCAAAAGCUCCUUGUGCUUUAUUGGGACUUUUCUAUAGACUAUUCUAUUCUUCUUUUCAUGGCUCGUAAAAAUUUAUGAAAUUAUUAUAGCUAUAAAUGAUUAUGAAACAAAGUCAGUAUAAUAUAUAGUUACUUAAAUUCGACUACUUCUUAUACAUAACAAAGACAUUCAGUAUAUUGU